AUGCAUGAGUCCCAGGAGCCGGUGUCGUUCAAGGACGUGGCCGUGGCCUUCACCCAGGAGGAGUGGCAGCAGCUGGGCCCGGAGCAGAAGACCACCUACAGGGACGUGAUGCUGGAGAACUACAGCCACCUCGUCUCCGUGGGGUACCACAGCGCCAAGCCCCGUGUGAUCGCCAGGCUGGAGCAGGGCGAGGAGCCGUGGGGGGCGGACGGGGACGCCGCGUGUCCAGAAGAAAUCAAGAAAUUUGAUGAUGUAUUAGAAAGAAUCCAAGAAAAGGAAGAUGAACGUUCAAGGCAAACUAUUUAUAUAAAUAGUAAAAUCUUAAUUGAAGAGAGAGAGAAUACAUUUGAUAAAACUUAUAAUACAGAAGCAAUCUUUGUUCCUUCAAGCAUAUCUCAUAAUUGUGUCUCUUGUGGAAAAAAUGUAGAAUCUAGUUCAGAAUUAAUUAUUGGUGACGGAAGCUAUGCAAGAAAGAAAUCUGAUGAGCUUAGCGAAUGUGGGAAAACACACCAUGGAGAGAAACCUUAUGAAUUUAAUCAAAAUGGGGAAGACUUUUCUCAAAAUGAAGAAAGUAUUCUUCAGAAAGUUAAUGUUUUAGAGAAACCCUUUGAGUAUAAUGAAUGCAUGGAAGCCUUAGACAAUGAAACCGUCUUCAUCAGUCAUAAGAGAGCUUAUACUGGGGAGAAGCCCUGUGAGUGGAGCGACUCUGGACCAGACUUUCUUCAGAUGUCAAACUUUAAUAUGUACCAGAGAUCACAGGUGGAAAUGAAGCCCUUUGAAUGCACCGAGUGUGGGAAAUCCUUCUGUAAAAAGUCAAAAUUCAUUAUACAUCAGAGGGCUCACACAGGAGAGAAACCUUAUGCAUGUAAUGUAUGUGGCAAAUCCUUCAGCCAAAAGGGAACCCUCACUGUACAUCGGAGAUCACACCUAGAGGAGAAACCUUAUAAAUGUAACGAAUGUGGGAAAACUUUCUGUCAGAAGUUACAUCUCACUCAACAUUUGAGAACUCACUCAGGAGAGAAGCCCUAUGAAUGUAGUGAAUGUGGCAAAACCUUCUGCCAGAAGACGCACCUCACCCUCCACCAGAGAAAUCAUUCGGGGGAGAGACCCUAUCCAUGCAACGAGUGUGGGAAAUCCUUUUCCCGCAAGUCGGCCCUCAGCGACCAUCAGAGGACACACACAGGAGAGAAGCUCUAUAAGUGUAAUGACUGUGGGAAGUCCUACUACCGAAAAUCUACCCUUAUCACACAUCAGAGAACACACACAGGAGAGAAACCUUACCAAUGUAGUGAGUGUGGAAAAUUCUUUUCUCGAGUGUCGUACCUCACUAUACAUUACAGAAGCCAUUUAGAAGAGAAACCCUAUGAGUGUAAUGAGUGUGGCAAAACCUUCAAUCUGAAUUCAGCCUUCAUUAGACAUCGGAAAGUACACACGGAUGAGAAACCCUUCGAGUGUAGUGAAUGUGGAAAGUUUUCUCAAUUCUCCUGUCUUACUGACCGUCAUACAGCUCAUUUAGGAGAGAAACCCUAUGAAUGUAAUGAAUGUGGAAGAACUUUCCUUGAAAACUCAGCCUUUGGUGGACGCCAGUCACUUCCAGACGGAGAGAAGUCCUAUGAAUGUAAUAUAUGUGGAAAAUUGUUCUCUGAUUUGUCAUACUACACUGUACAUUAUAGGAGUCAUUCAGAAGAGAAGCCCUAUGGGUGCAGCGAAUGUGGGAAAACUUUCUCCCAUAAUUCAUCCCUCUUUAGACACCAGAGAGUACACACAGGAGAGAAGCCCUAUGAGUGUUAUGAAUGUGGUAAGUUCUUUUCUCAGAAGUCAUAUCUCACCAUACAUCAUAGAAUUCAUUCAGGAGAGAAGCCUUACGAAUGUAGUAAAUGUGGGAGAGUCUUCUCUCGGAUGUCAAACCUCACUGUACAUUACAGAAGCCAUUCAGGAGAGAAACCCUAUGAAUGUAAUGAAUGUGGGAAAGUCUUCUCCCAGAAGUCAUACCUCACUGUGCAUUACAGAACUCAUUCGGGAGAGAAGCCCUACGAAUGUAAUGAAUGUGGGAAAAAAUUCCACCACAGGUCAGCCUUCAACAGCCACCAGAGGAUCCAUAGGCGGGAAAAUGUGAAUGUGCUCAAUGAGGGGAAUCUCCUGUGA